CAGUGUCAUAUGAACAAUGGUAUUUGUUUACGUGCCAACUAGCUAACGUAAUGUUGCGAUACACAUCAACCCGCUUACACCACAUUACUUGUGAGAAUUGUUAUAGGAGUAGCAGCAUACAAAUUACAAUGUUUGCAAUAUCAUUGAGACCGCAUUUGUUCAUUUUUAUUUCAAAUUGCGUUACCACAUUGUUCGUAUAUUGGCUAAUGUUAGCCACGCAGCGCUAGCUCCUAGUAUUGACAGGUCGGCAGGGAAGCGAACCCUUGCGUGCUGUGUCCACUGCACUGCCCUUUUUACUCUAUUCAGUGAGACAGGACGGGUUGCAGUGGAAGAAAAGAAAGACGAGAGAACAAGGAGAUGACAGCUCUACAAGACACUGAAGAUGCCAGUGAAACAGACCUUGCCAAGCAUGACGAGGAUGACUAUGUUGAAAUCAAAGAACAAAUGUACCAAGACAAACUGGCCUCUCUGAAACGACAGUUGCAGCAAUUACAAGAAGGUACGCUGCAGGAAUAUCAGAAGAGGAUGAAGAAGUUAGAUCAGCAGUACAAAGAGAGACUUCGAAAUGCAGAUCUGUUUCUCCAGCUUGAGACCGAGCAGGUGGAGAGGAACUACAUCAAGGAGAAGAAGGCAGCGGUGAAAGAGUUUGACGACAAAAAGGUUGAACUGAAGGAAAACCUAAUUGCAGAGCUUGAGGAGAAGAAGAAGAUGAUUGAGAACGAAAAACUAACAAUGGAGCUUACAGGCGACUCGAUGGAGGUAAAACCUAUUAUGACUCGGAAGCUGAGGAGACGUCCAAAUGACCCAGUUCCAAUCCCAGACAAGCGGCGAAAACCUGCACCAGCUCAGCUAAAUUAUUUGUUAACAGAUGAACAAAUAAUGGAAGAUCUAAGAACACUUAAUAAGCUAAAGUCACCAAAACGACCAGUGUCUCCCUCAUCUCCAGAACACAUCCCCUCAGCUCCCAUGGAGAACCCUUCACAGCGUUAUGAAGCUCGUAUCGAGGAAGGGAAACUUUACUAUGAUAAAAGAUGGUACCAUAAGAGCCAGGCCAUCUAUCUGGAGUCUAAGGACAACACAAAGAUUAGCUGUGUCAUCAGCUCAGUGGGGACCAAUGAGAUUUGGGUGAGGAAGACAAGCGACAGUACAAAGAUGAGGAUCUACCUGGGGCAGCUGCAGAGGGGAGCAUUUGUCAUCCGUCGACGGUCGGCUGCGUGAACCAUUGUCCCACCCUUCCUCACCCAACUGCCAUCUGUUAAUUUAUCCAUCUAUUCACCCUCUUGUUCAUCUAUUUGGUGCUUCUCAGUUGAGUUUUACUUGUGGCCUCUUAGUCUUUAACAUGCAAACCUUCCCACACAACACAAGCAAACACACACGUGCAGUAUUCCCAUCAGAGUGAAUCAGUUUUCCCACAUAAACCAAUUAUGACUGUUUUCCAGCAGUAUUUGUCACUGUGUGGCAUGUGUGUGAAGGCAGUACAGAAGUAUGGAUUUUUUUUUCCCCUUGCUGUCAACACGACUCAUUUCUACAUCCUGCAGCCUUAUUUACAUUUAUCUUUCAGUUAUUUUUUUGAACAUUUUAUGCUCUCCCACAGAAAUCCUCUACAUGCCUUUAGAACUGUCUGACUGACUUAAAACGAGGCUCUGAAAAACAGAUGAGAAUUGUCUGCAAGUUUGCCUGAGCAUCAUAAAUUUCUUCCUGAAGUAACUCAGAAAAAGUCGUAUACUGUCAUCGAGAAAAAGAGGCUGCUUCUAUGCUGAUGGUAACUGUUCAAAACUAUGUAUGAAUUUAUUUGAAAAACAAAAAAAAGUAUUUUGAGGAUUUUAUGUUUUCUUAUUUUAUGUGAUGCCCUCCAUGUGGGAAUGAUAUGCACAAGUUCAUUUGUAUGUGGAGUAUUAAGUUGACUGUUGAUUUGUACUGUGUUCCAUUUUAUUAAAAAUAUCUUUGUUUUAAUAA